GUGUUAUUUCUGUUUAGAAAUGUUAAUUGCCACAAAAUAUCCGUCAAAGAAUGGAAAUCGUUCGGAUAGAUUGCGACUGUAGCAUUUCGAAAACCCGGGAAAUUCAUUACUGAGAGGGUGUCCCAUCAUGUGAUAUCAAAAUGGCUGCCAAGAGGUCUAGGAUCGAAGUGGACCCAGACUACCAAGAUGUAACGGAACAGCAAAAUAAAAGACAGCGAGUUUUAGAACAAGAUGCAAAAGUUGCCACUCGUCUGAAGAUAGAGGAUAUCAUAAAGAAAGAAUUUGCCGGUGAAAUACACAGCAGAGAGAUGGAGAUUGAUUUAAUUGAUCAGAGGUUAAACCAAACCAGGCUUAUCAUGGACAGAUUAAGAGCUUGCAUCGUUGCAAAUUACUACGGUUCUGCGGGUCAGACCAAACCAUGGCAGGGUAAAACAUCCGAUCCAGAACAGGUGCCCUCUAUUCACCCAGCUGUGAAACAACAUCUAGGCAAGACUCCAAAGGGUUACUCCACUCUGACAGAUACUGCCGACAUUAAGACUGAGCCUGGAGUCGAGACGCCUGUCCUGGAGAAUGUUUGUUCAACUCUCCUGUCAUCAUCCUAUCUAAGCAAGGAGGAGGAAUUGGAAGGUGUCAAGGAUGUGGCAAUGGACACUAGCGAUUCUGUCGCGGCCAGUAGUCGAUCCAUAAGGGCUCAAGUGAAGAAAAGAAUCAUUGUUGGCAAUGUGUCAAAGUACAUACCGGUGGACCGGCGCGAGGAGAAUGACCAGCCGACGCACAAAUGGAUGGUGUAUGUCCGAGGGCCUAAGGAUGAACCCCACAUUGACCACUUCGUCAAGAAAGUCUGGUUUUUGCUGCACCCCAGCUACAGGCCGAACGACCUUGUUGAAGUCAGUAACCCUCCAUUCCAUUUGACAAGGAGAGGCUGGGGGGAAUUUCCUGUUAGAGUUCAACUGCAUUUCAAGGAUCCAAGAAACAAACGCCUUGACAUCAUCCACCAGCUCAAGCUUGACCGAACUUAUACUGGCCUGCAGACUCUUGGAGCUGAGACGGUUGUUGAUGUUGAGCUGGAGCGAGACUUCAUACCAGAAAGAACAAAGCAAUGUAAAUCAGGGAUUAAAAAAGAAACUUCCAAGCAGGUGUCUGUGUCAACUCUGAACGGUGAAACCGGUGAAAAUGUAGAUGUCAAGCAGGAAGGAUUAGAUAUAAAUUUUACGAUAAAGGAACACACGACACCAAAAAAGGGAAAUACAGCUGACCAAAAACUUCCACAAGGGGAGAUAACUCUGUCACAAAAUAAACCUCAGGGAAAUGUUGACAAUGGGACAGGUGUUGCACGUCUGUCAAAUAAGGAGAACUGUUUCAUGAAAAGUGCUAAUGGAUCCUCAGGAAGUCCUGUGUUACAGAAACCUGUUGGUGGACCAUCCCAAAUCAAAUGUAUAAAUAAUGUAAAAGGAUUACCCAUCAUGAAUCCUACAAACACAUUGUCCACUAGUUUAGUUGUUGGAAAUCUGUUGGUGAAUUCCCUGGAUGGAAAGGCACCCGUAAGUACACUGCCACAGGCCGGCGUCAUCACACCCCAAGCCUCUCCAUCACGGACUGGUUCUACUCUGCUGUUGUCCGGCACCUCAGGAGUACAGGUAGUGUUGGGUGGUUUUGGGUCAAUAACAGGUGUGCAGAAACCAACAGAGACAAAAACACAGACAGGGAAAUCGUUGCUGAAGAAAAUUUCUGAUGCUAAGUCGGUCAACACUACAGUUAAAACUACCUCCUCGUCCGUUUCUUCUCCGUCUUUGAUACAGACAGGUAACCGACUGGCAGGAACUCAAAGCCCUUCUUCAUUUGUGCUACAAGGGUUGGGUUCACUCAGUGGAACAGCAGCUCCCUGUGUUGCAGAGAGUGCCGCAGUGAAACCAGCUGGUAGAACAGCGACACCAGGUGUUUCCACAGCACCUACCAAUAUAAUUGUGGCUAGCUCUGCAUCUGGAACUAAGACACCAGCUUUCCAUAUAGUCACUUCGAGUCAGACAGACAGCACUGGACCUCCAGCCCAGAUAUCGGCACCUGCUGCCAAGCUGGGUGGAGCUUCGACAAAUGAGUCGCUAUCUGUCAACCCUAUCAAUCUACCCACGCCUCCUCAGACCUUGUAUGUGCGGUGCAAAGAUAACUCAGGGAACAUCUUCCUUGUGCCACACCAUCUACUCAAACAGGUUUCUACGACUGCCACCAAAACAUCAACACAUAAUACCUCUUCGACUGCCAUGCCUAUUAUUUCCAAUGCUUCUCCAGGUCUUCCGACAGGUGAGACCAGAGUUACUUCCCUUCCACAGAAAUCUCUUUUACCUCAUACUUCACAGUUGGAGAAAGCAGAACAUAAAAGUUCAUCACUAUCAGGAAUUUCAACAGUAUCAAGUAAAAGCAAUUCUCUACCCUCAUCACUAUUGAUAAAGGUGGAAGCACAAUCAUCUGCACAGGUGACACAACAAAAUGCCUCCAACCAAUCAGAAUCUCAGAAGCUGCGGUUAGUGACCGGAAGUUCCCAAGGGCCGCAAGGUGUAAUGUGUGCUUUUGAUCUCAAGAAACCCAGUACUGUGUUCCACGUGAAAUCAGACGUUGUAGACCCCACCCAGACAUCAUCUAAAGUGGUGAAAGAUCUGUUCGCCGAGCCAAAACGAGAUCAUAAAUACUCUACGCCAAAUGCCUCCCCAGAAAAGAAAGACGGAACCUCGUUUUCACAAAUUGCGAAUAAGCCGUCAAAAUUACAACCUAAAUUAUCAGACAUUGCUUCUAAUGCUGAAACAAGGACAGCGAAAGAACAAAUAUCAGAAAUUUGCACUACGAAGGUAUUGUCUCAGGGUCAACAAGGUCAGGGGUCAAUAUCAACCUCAGGUCAUCUCAAGGUCACACCUCAUGGAUUAAAGAUCAUUAGCAAAGGGACCGUAGAAGGAUAUCAAGGAAAAUCUCCCCCAAAUACGCCACAGAAAAUGACCACAUUACUACAGGGUCAAGGAAAGGCUCUGACCAGUGGUCAAGGGUCACAGUCUCUAAUAUCCACAUCAAAUUCAGCGGGGACCCUGUUACAGACUACAGUAGUACCUUCCUACGGAACGGGAAAUAAAAAAGAAAGAACUACUGAGACAAGUAAAGUGGAGACCGUUACAAAGAGGGUUGAGACUCAAAGUUUACUUACUGGUAAAACCAUGCUGACAUUGAACAACUUCUCCAAGUCAACACACAGUUUGUCAACAGCAUCAAAGGUGAAAAAUGUUUUACCAAAUUCUGACAGUAAAGCAAUGGUGACAUUGUUAAAUGGACAGUCUAUAGAGUCAGGUAUAGGUGGGAAAACAUCUCUGCUCUCCGGAGAAACCUCCAGGGUCAUUUCAACAGUGACACCAUGCCAAACGACCUCCAGCAGUCAGCGACCUUUAAUGACCUUGACCUCAUCAAUGGAUCAAGAGGUCAAAAAUAUGAUUAACAGUGGCUCAGGAAAGACAUCUGAUUUCAUUCAAGGUAGUCAAUGUAAAACCAUGAUGGCCACUAUCGGGAGUCAGAAACUUUUGAUACACGUCCCGGAGCUCAAUCCCGUCAGAGAUGAGAGUCACCAAGCGACUGUCACUGAUACAUCACCCUGGCUUGAUGGAAAAGUGAAAAACAAAUACUUCAUAAGUGACGAUAAGUCCUCGAGUCAACAGAAGAAAAUAAUUAAUGCAAAAAAGAAGAAAUGUUAUGAGACCGCACCGUUCAAACCAGCUGAAGUCCUGCCCAUCAGUGUGACAGGUUUCCAUGACUUGUUGUCCUUGGUGAAAGCAGCGGUGAGGAGGCAUCCGGUGAUUUGUGAGAACGUUGAUCGCAGUCUCCAUCCAUACUGUGCGAGAUCCCUAGACGAGUGGCUGUCUUGGAAUGUCGGUAAACGUAGAGCUUCGGAGUGGCAGAGAGCGUCAUUUGCCAGGAAGUUUUUGUUGAAGAAUCUCAAUGGUGAAACAUCUUUCAAAGGGGAGUCACUCUGGACGACGAAACAGAUCAUGGUCUGGUGUAGACACCACGUGUACAGUCCACACUUCCUAGAGAAAACACUACAUCCGUCCCCGGUGGAACUCAGUGCAGACUCCAGUAUGCUUGGUAAACGAUACACUUCAGCAACAGACUCUGACGUCAUCUUGUCCCACAUACAGGAUAUGAAUGCUGCGAUUAGUGCCAAUGUUUCAGACGAGAAGGACGUUGAUAUCAUCUCCGUUGAACCUCCCAAAGUGAAAGUAAAGACAGAAGUGAUUAAAGAGCUGGUGUAUUGUGAUCCCGUUGUGCUGCCUCCGUCACGACAGGCUCGCUUCGUCCAGGACCUGUCCACAAAAAUCGGGGUGAGAUUUCAGCCGUCCGAGAUUGACCAAGAGAUACAUGGGUCAGUAGCAGAAGAUAUGGUAUACUCGGCCAUGAAGACCUUUAUGAGUGACAUAUUGAGAGAAACAUAUUCUAUGAAAGUUAAUAUGGGAAGGUAUGCUGACAGUGUUGGAGUUGGCGACGUGUAUCGUACACUCGGCAGGAUGACGGAGACUGACUUUCUUACCAAUCAUCAUCUCGGUGUACCAGCUAAUAAUCAUCUCUCCUCCACCACAAAGAGAUGACGAAGGUUUACGAUGGGGGAAUGAUAGCCUGACCGAAUGUGUUAAAUUUAACAGACUUCCACUGUACUAUUAACUGAAUACAGAGGACAACGUUUAAUGAUGGGGAACAAUUUCACCUAACAUUUUAUUUACAAGGAUAAUCUUACAUUACACAUAGACUAUGAAGUUAUUCUAUGCCAAUUCAAAGUAUUGUACUACAUUACAUCUGUAGUUACAUUUGUAUGAAAGUCUCAUUAAACUAUAACAAAACUU